AUGGCGACGGUCCCUCUUCAGGCUAUUCUCCACCGUCAUUAUCGUCGGAAAACACCUAAGUUUCUAAUGGAAUCUGAAAAACAUAAACGAGCUUCUUUGUAUUACACCUGGAAGAGAAGGAAUUGUUUGAUCGCAAAUGGCGCCAAACUCUGCAACUUCAGGCCUGCUAAUUCUAGGGUUCUGAAUAUCACCGUUAGAGCGUCAUCUAAUAGCUCCGCCACUACAUGCGACUCCGCUGACGUCAUAUUCCACAAAACAUUUUCAUUGCAACGUACCGAAAAGGUAGAAGGAAAGAUAUUAGUCAGAUUAGAUUGUGGUAAGGAUGAAGAGAAUUUCCAGCUUGUUGUAGCAUGCAAUCUUCCAGGGAAAUGGGUCCUUCACUGGGGAAUUAAUUAUGUUAACGACAUUGGCAGUGAUUGGGAUCAGCCUCCUGUUGAGAUGAUACCUCUGGGCUCUGUUCCCAUUAAGGACUACGCAAUAGAUACCCCUUUGAAAAAAUUGACAGAUACUGAAGCAGGCUUCAUAUAUGAAGUGAAGAUCGAUUUCAACACUAAAAGUUCAAUUGCAGCUAUAAAUUUUGUGUUAAGGGAUGAAGAAACUGGAUCUUGCUAUCAGCUCAAAGGGAGAGAUUUUAAGGUGCCACUUACAAAUUUAUCUGAUGAUGAUGGCAAUAAUAUAGGAACUAAACAGGAAUUUUCCAUAUGGCCAGGGACUUUGGGACAGCUAUCUAACAUGUUGCUGAAAUCAAAUGGUGCUUCUGAGGAUGGAAAUAGAGAUAGCAACUCAAAAGAAUCUGCUCAGAAGAAGAGGGAUCUUCGGAGUUUCUACGAGGAACAUGACAUUGUAAAACAAACUUUGGUUGACAACUCCAUUAGUGUUUGCAUAAAGAGAUGUCCUGAGGCGGCUAAUAAUCUUCUACAUAUAGAGACAGAUAUUCCUGGUGAUGUUGUUGUUCAUUGGGGGGUCUGUAAGGAUGCGAGUAAAAAGUGGGAAAUUCCAACGGGAUCAUACCCAGCUAAAACAUCAGCAUAUAAGACUAAGGCUUUGCAGACUCAGUUGCAGCAAAAAGAAGGUGGAUGUGGCUGCUCUGGAUUAUUUCCACUUGAUGAAGGAAUUGAAGGAUUUCUUUUUGUGCUGAAAACAAACAAUAACACAUGGCUAAAUUUUAUGGGGGAUGAUUUUUACAUACCCAUGCCAAACGAAAGAAGCUUUGAGAAACUAGAACAUUUGGGAGAGGAGAACAUGCCCAAAAGUGCGAAAAUAGAUUCUUCACUAGAAUCAGGGGAGCAUGUAGAAGUAAGUCAAGAAGUUUCUGCAAGUACAGAUGAAAUCAUCAAUGAAAUAAGACACCUGGUAACUGGCAUUUCCUCAGAAAAGAGCCGAAAAACAAAAAGCAUAGAAACACAAGAAAGCAUUCUUCGUGAGAUCGAAAAGUUAGCUGCCGAAGCCUACAGUAUUUUUAGAAGUUCUAUUCCAUCUUUUACAGAGAAAACUGUAUCAGAAUCCAAGGAAGCAGAACUCCCUUUAAAAAUAAGUUCAGGAACGGGUUCAGGUUUCGAAAUUUUAUGUCAGGGAUUCAAUUGGGAGUCCCACAAAUCUAGAAGAUGGUAUAUGGAACUACAUGAUAAAGUUGCUGAGUUGUCAUCACUUGGCUUUACCAUUGUUUGGUUACCCCCACCUACUGAAUCUAUCUCCCCUGAAGGCUACAUGCCAAAGGAUCUAUAUAAUUUGAACUCCAGGUAUGGACAUGUUGAUGAGUUGAAAGCUCUUGUCAAUAAAUUCCAUGAAGUUGGUAUCAGAGUUCUAGGGGAUGCGGUCAUAAACCAUCGUUGUGCACAUCAUCAGAAUCAAAAUGGUGUUUGGAAUAUUUUUGGCGGUCGUUUGGGUUGGGAUGAUCGCGCAGUUGUUGGUGAUGAUCCCCAUUUUCAGGGUCGAGGCAAUAAGAGUAGUGGAGAUAAUUUCCAUGCUGCUCCAAAUAUUGAUCAUUCUCAAGACUUUGUGAGGAAAGAUCUUAAGGAAUGGCUAUGUUGGCUAAGGAAGGAAAUCGGAUAUGAUGGAUGGAGGCUUGAUUUUGUGAGAGGAUUUUGGGGUGGUUAUGUAAAAGACUACAUGGAAGCAAGUGAGCCUUACUUUGCGGUUGGCGAGUAUUGGGAUUCUCUAAAUUACACAUAUGGUGAAAUGGAUCACAAUCAAGAUACCCAUCGACAGAGAAUUAUCGACUGGAUUAAUGCCACUAACGGAACCGCUGGGGCUUUCGAUGUCACAACAAAAGGAAUUCUUCAUUCCGCACUUGAAAGAUGUGAAUAUUGGAGAUUAUCAGAUUCGAAGGGGAAACCUCCAGGCGUUGUCGGGUGGUGGCCGUCUCGUGCGGUUACCUUCAUAGAAAACCAUGAUACGGGUUCGACCCAGGGUCAUUGGAGAUUUCCUGGUGGAAAGGAGAUGCAAGGAUAUGCUUACAUACUAACUCACCCUGGAACACCAUCGGUCUUCUAUGAUCAUAUUUUUUCGGACUACAAAUCCCGAAUAUCUGCACUCAUCUCCAUCAGGAACCGCAACAAGAUCCAUUGUCGUAGCACCGUUGAAAUCAUCAAGGCGGAACGUGAUGUUUAUGCUGCAAUUGUUGAUGAAAAGUUGGCGAUGAAGAUUGGACCAGGUGACUAUGAACUCCAAUCGUCGAAAUGGUGUUUGGCUGCUGAGGGCAACGACUACAAGGUCUGGGAAGCAUUAUGACCACGGGUUUGUAAUAAUGCUAUUUGAGUGAAGUCGUUCCGACCC